UAAAGUUAAACAAUAAAUUCAAAGCCUUAGGCAUUUUGUAAAACUUCAAUUAGGCAUUAUUCCUUCUUACACUGUCAUAAGACAAUGGAUCGGUAUUUGUUGCCUACGUCUCGCCAGAUGUGAUCAUGGAGAUGCAAAUAUCUUCAUUUUUCCUUAAUUUCCUUAACUCCCCAUAAAUUUUUUUUGCAUCGAUCGGAGCUUUCUUGAAAGUUCGGUUUCUAUUUUUGUUCAUCUUUUUUUUUUUGCCCACUUCCAAAUACCCCCGACCCCACUGCAAUGCCGUUUCCAUACAGAUACGUAUGCGAUCUUCUUCAACAACUUAAUGAUGAAUCCCACAAACGAGAAAAUAAGCAAAGGCCUGCAAGGGUCUUAAUUGAGACUUGGUUUCGUGAGCAUCGUGCUCAUCUCAAUGCGGAUGGAAAUGAUGCAAGUGCUAUAUUGUCCACCUUACUGCCUGAGAGAAGGACAGACCGGGUCUACUACAUCCAAGUUUCACGGCUCGAAAGCAUUUUCGGCAAAGCUCUGCUUCUCGGAGCUUCAAGAGUGCAAGAGCUGCGGAGGUAUACCACUCCUGGUCUAGGUGUAGACCUGGCUGAUUGCAUUGAAGGAAUUUUGACGCGCACCCCCAAUCCCUCACAAAGUAACAAUGAACUUACAGUAGAGGAAAUUGACGAGACUUUAAGCUCUAUCGCAGCAACCUGCCGAUUUAGCUCGCCCUCAGUGAGGGCAUUACGGAAGUCUCAAGAUACCAGCCGGAAUCAACCCCUAAUUGAUAUCUACAGACGGCUCAGCCCUCGCGAUGCAAAAUGGUUCACAAGAUUGGUCCUGAAGAAUUAUCAACCGGUGGCCAUAAAUGAACAUUCCGUUUUUCGAUUCUACCACCCCCUUUUAUCUCAGAUGAUAAAGGUUAGAGAUGAUCUCACUAUAGCUACCCCUUUCUUGCGGCAGAUCAACCGGUCGCCCCACGAUCAGAGCGCCAUUGCAAAAAUUCUGAAGCCAUCUAUUGGGACAAAGAUUGGAAGGCAAGUAUGGCUCAAGGGGAGAAGCAUUAAACAUUGCCUAGAUAUGGGUAGAGGGAGGGAAAUAAGCUGCGAACAAAAGAUUGACGGUGAAUACUGUCAAAUACAUAUUGAUCUCAGCAAGCGUCAUUCUCCUAUUCAGAUAUUCUCCAAGAGCGGAAAAGAUAGUACUGAAGACCGUGUCAACCUUCAUCAACCAAUAAAAGAUUCGCUCAGAUUAGAUACACCCGACUGCCCAUUUAAUGUUGGAUGUAUUCUAGAGGGAGAACUGGUUGUAUAUAGCGCGAAGGAUAAUAAGAUCCUACCGUUCCAUAAGAUACGCAAGCACGUCUCAAGAUCUGGUUCUUACAUUGGAACCUACUAUGACUCCCAGCCCCAUGCUUAUGAGCAUUUAAUGAUUAUUUAUUACGACGUGUUGAUGAUUGAUGAUGAAUCACUCUUAGGAACCCGACAGUCCGAACGUUUCAGACGCUUAAGUGAACUCAUAACUCCCCGAAAGGGGUAUGCAGAGUUAGUACAACGUGAAACGAUCUCUUUCACGGGACCAUCUGCCGCACUGAAACUACGUGAAGCCUUCGCAAAAUGUAUUGUUUCUCGUGGCGAAGGCCUAGUCUUGAAGCCCGAUGAACCAUACAUUGACUUCAGCUCAACGUACAAACCGUACAGCUGCUGUAAUAUCAAGCUGAAAAAAGAGUAUGUCCAGGGAUGGGGCGACGUCGGAGACUUUGCCGUCGUUGGUGCCUCCUAUGAUGCAACAAAAGCAAAGGAGUACAAGAGACCCCAUGUCAAAUGGACACAUUUCUUUAUUGGGUGUCUAGACAAUAGGGAGAAAGCGCGGGCAGGAGUUGAGAAACUCCGGUUUAUAAUUACCAACGUCGUGGAAUUGUCCGAGACCCUCUUAUUGACUGUCAUGACUCAAUGUUUCCCAUCUCCGGAAAAAUUCGACGCAAACCAAUCUAUGGUUUUAGACUUCAGUCGGGGGCAUUUGGAAAAGCGGCCAACGGAUGUGUUCUUGGAUCCGUUGGUGUUCGAUAUGCGUUGUUUUUCAUUCAGCAAAGACUACAACACGAAUUUUUGGGCUAUGAGAUUCCCUAUGGUCUCCAAAAUACAUCAUGACAGGUCAUAUUGGGAUACUAUCACUUUUUCUGAGCUCCAGGAGGUUGCCGCAACGGCGGUUGAGGCGCCCGAAGCUGAAGAUAGCCAGGAGAUGCGACAAUGGAUAGCAGCAUUGGAAAAGGCAGAUCCACGUGGAAUUGCAGUUGACGUUAUGACCCAAGAAAGCGUCCCUACAGAAAAGAGGCCAUCUAUCAUGGCAUCUUGUGAUGGCUGCCAGGAAAAAGCCGACCGACCUGGUUUAAGGACGGAUCCUCAUAGCGAAGGAUGCUCUGCAAAUGAGUCUUUUCCACCAUGUCGCGGUGCAGAUGAAUCGGCUUGGAAACCAUAUAUUGGUUCAAGAUCACCGGCUAUCAAAAGCUUACAACAUAAAGCCCCUUCCAAUUUCUCAUCCGCAUCUCAGAAAACUUCAAUGUGCCAGAAACGGCCUGCCCCAGAUACGGUGGUAACUACUAAAAAGCGGCGGAAAUCUUCCGAUACACCUUCUAGUCAGUCUCGUUCAAUGGUGAGAUCGGCCGGGUUGCCAUCGAGUCCUCAAUGGAGUAGAAAACCGCUCAGUCAGAUCGACGCAAAUUCGCAGCCCCGGUCUUCCGAAAUUUUAGUGAUUGAUCUAACAACGCCCGUCGCUACACAAUCUCAGACUAGAAAUGACGUCGUGCCUCCGCUUGAUGAAUCUAAUAUGCUGGUUGAUGCGGCGCCGAAUUCCGCAAGGACACAAGAUAUGUCUAAGCAACAUAAUUCGUCCAAAUGCUCUUUGGUAGAGAAGAAAUGCCUGCUCAGGAAUUGCUCGAUUUUAUUGUCGCCAUGUAUAUCUAAAUACGCAUGGGUCACCGAUCUAUUGCAAAAGCAUGGCAUCGAUAACUUUGUGGUUGACCCUGAGUCGUGGGUUCAGGGAGAUGCACCAGCAGGAUCUACAACGAAGGAAGAUGCUCCUUCACAGAAGACUCAAAAGCAGAAGGCACGCAAGAUCUGUCUCGUUGAGUCUAGGCGCCGGGAAGCUACAUUAUCGUUUUAUGGGAAGAUAGAAGCAGCUGGCUUGAAGAAAAAGAAUGGUGAGCGUGAAUGGGUGGGUGUCUAUGAUUGGCGGAUUCUAGAGGAUAUCUCGGAUAUGGAAUCUGGGAAACGUUUGCCGGAGGGGAUGGACCCUUGGAGGAAGCAUCACAUUGGAAUUGCAUAG